AUGGCCGACACGACCAUCUUCGUCAACGGGCGCAUAUACACCUCGACGGCGGACCAGCACGCGCAGGUCCCCGUGUUUGCCGAGUGCAUGGUCGUCGCCGACGGCCUGAUCCGGCACGUCGGCGCCAGCACGGAUGAGCCCGUGCAGGCCGCCCGGGCUGCCGGCGCCCCCACGCAGGACCUCGCCGGCCGCUACCUGCUGCCGGGCUUCAUCGACGGCCACCUGCACCUGCUCAUGGUCGGGCAGGCGCUGCAGAAGAUCAGCCUCGACCACUGCCGGACGCUGGCCGACGUGCGCGCCGCCAUCGCCGCCGGCGCCGCCGCACACCCCGCCGCCACGCGCCUUUUUGCCCGCGGCUGGACGCACAGCAUGACCCCCGACGGCGUCCACUGCGGCGACCUUGACGACAUCGACCCCCGCCCCAUCUUCGUCGACACAAAGGACCUGCACUCCACCUGGUGCAACAGCGCCGCGCUCGCCGAGGUGUGCGAACGCAUGGGCCUGCCGCACGACGCACCGGACCUGCCGGGCGGCACCCUGCAGCGCGGCCCCGACGGCCGCCUCAACGGCGUCUUCAACGAGGGCGCCGUGUUCCAGCUCAUCUGGCCGUUUGUCGCGACCGUCGCGUCCAUGGACGAGAAGAUGGCCGCCAUCAAGGCCGCCAUUGCCCACUUUAGCAGCGCCGGCUACACCGGCAUCGUCGACAUGGCCAUGGACGACAACAUCUGGGAGCCGCUCAUGGCGCUGCGCGCGCACGAGGGGCUCGGCCCCAUGCGCAUCGCCGCGUACUGGCUGCUCAAGCCGCACGACUCGCUCGACGCGGUGCUCGCGCAGAUCGACCGCGCGGCCGACAUGGCGACCGGUGCACGCGGACCCGGCGAUUCUGCGGGCGUGGCCGCGGCUGCUCGGCGCGGAGCGCUGCGCGCGCGCGUUCGCCUACCGCGAGUUCGCCGACGGCGGCGCCACGCUGGCGCUGGGGUCCGACGCGCCCACCGCGCCGCACCUGCCGCUGCCGAAUCUGCGGUGGCGGGCGCGACGCACGGGUCCGCGUACUCGUGCUUUGCGGACAAGGAGACGGGUAGUCUGGAGGUGGGCAAGAAGGCCGACUUUGUGGUCGUCGAGGGCGAGCUGCUGCCAGAGAAGCUGAUGGAGGCGGUGAGUGGCUUGGGAGCAGGUUCGGAAUUUCAAUUUCUCUGA